AUGGUCGGUAAAAAUUGUAAUCCAACAGUUUCAGAAAGUGGCGCCGAUAUUAAACUAGAGAUCACCAAGUUUCUCGAAGAAUUGAUAGAGAAACAUCCUGAGACUCUCGAUGUUAUUGAAAACGUUCGUCAAAGCAGAUUAGGGAGAAAUUCUGCAAAUCGCGUGCCACAUAUGCUCAGAAUGCAUGGAGUACGCUCGAGACGUCGCUCAUCUUCGUCAUCUGUGUCCGCAUUAUCGGAUAUGGCUCUGCGUGAUGGUACUCAUGUUGCUUCCGGACAUGAGGAUACGUCCCAGGGAGCUGUUCAUUCUUUUCAAGAUUCUGACGGCAUGUGGUGGACGUAUGCGUUUGACGAGCACGGAGUUGGGACUGCGCAACCUUUGGGAUCAGGUAGAGCUUUAAUGGAGCUUCUGCAAAGUGCACAAGAUCCUCCAGUCCUACCUGAGUCGGCAUAUGUUAGUAGUGAGGAUGAGGCAGAACCGUGUUCUUCACGAACUGCUGCAAAUUUGCCUACACUGAAUGUUGGGAACACGAGGCGAGAACGUGCGUUGUCAUCUUCGAGUAAUGAAAGCUAUACUUACAUUCCUCAACUUCCAACCACAGUUUUUCAUGCACCCACUGGGACCGGAGCUACCAGAACAAACACUCGACGUGAAAUGGUCUCGUUUGCCAAUGUGGCCUCACGGUUACGUGCUGCCGUUCGUAAUAGCGAAAGCAUCACGUUAAAUUCUAAUGAUUUACCGGAUGCUACCUCGCACCAGCUUUCUCGUAGUGUUAUGGAUAGAAGAGAUGGAAGAAGAGAUUAUAGAGUUCUCUCCGGUGAAUGUCCGGCUCCCGCUACACACCGAACAUCAACUGUUAAGAAAAGUUAUUAUUAUAAAAUGAAGAUGUUUCCGAAGACUAAUAAAAGUUUUAAAUUGAAACUGGAUCGGCUUUCGGUAUCAGCGCUGUUUGAUCGAAAUCGUUCCGUUCCUUCUUGUAUAUUCGACGUCUUUUUGGCACUUUAUGAGACUUCUGGCGAGAUGAUACUACUGGCUUUUCGAGAUCUGUUUGCAACAUUUCUUGUAACGCUUCCAUUUGCUUUUACAAUGGGUUGGCUACCCCAAAGCCUAAUGUGUUGGGCUUUGUUGGGAGGAUUAUGUAAUCUGGCGUUCUCGGUUGAUUCGAAGUCCACUCAAACACCAGCUUUUUCUGCGUUUCUUUCCGUUGCUGUUGCAACAUCCUAUUUACUCAGUCGAUUCUCUUCUAAUCCACAACUGUUCUUGUUACUAUGCCGUGCUACGGUUUUCCGUUUCCAAAAAACCGAAGAAUGGACGACCAGGAACGGCCUGUGUUGUAUUUUGCCUAACGAACAAGAUGAAAGCGAUCAUAUGCGUGAUACAGAUGAGCUGGACGUUUCCGAUCCCCUACCUGGGCGACUUCGUAGUGCUGUUGUUCUACGGGCACGUCACGAUGUUCUAUUCUCGACAUUUUUGUCACUAAUGGUAUUUGCAUUGCAUUCAACAUCAUUGUUUACCGCAACACAGCCAUAUUUCACCAUUGCGAAACCUGUUCUACAUUCAAAAGAGUACACCCAGUACGAAAGCACUGAUGAAGCCAAGCUCAUGACUUUCGAAAUAAUUCAUGUUUGGAUGCUAGCAAUAGAGAAGAAUUUUUUGUACCCCCUUGUGGCUAUAGCAAUGUUGACAGAAUGCGGAUGGUUACUGCCAGUAGCGAGAAUGCUAGGACCACUCAUCAUUCUUCGCUUUUUGCGAGGUGGAUUCUCUCACCCACAGCUGAUCUACAUGCCUUUGGCUCUUGCAUUCACUAUAAGUCAUUUCGACUGGAAUGCGGGGCCACCAUUUGGUCUUUCUAAGCUUCCACUUGCUACGUUGUUUCCUAUUGUUUUAUACGUCCUCAUAGUAUUAUAUCCAAAGUGGCUUGAACUGUACCUGAAAAUGAGUUUCGUCAUGGCUUAUGUAGCCCCUUGGCAAAUCAGUUGGGGAUCUGCAUUCCAUGCAUUUGCUCAACCGUUUUCGAUUCCACAUUCCGCGCUGAUAUGGACUCAGACUGUUCUGUCUAGUCUUCUGAGCGCGCCACUCAACCCAUUCCUUGGCUCCUCUUUCUUUAUCACUUCUUACGUACGUCCGGUGAAGUUUUGGGAGAGAGACUAUAACACCAAGCGUAGCGACGCAUCAAACACUACCCUUGCUUCGCAAAUUGAUCGUGGACCGAUGCUGGACGAUAGUAACUUGAAUGCUGUGUUCUACGAACACUUGACGAGAAGCCUCCAGAAGAGUCUAGCAGGUGACCUUCAAAUGGGUAGGUGGUCAACAAGUGUUCAACCGGGUGACUGUUUUAUUCUUGCUAGUUUUUAUCUCAACUGUCUCGUUCAUAUAAUCGAAGUCGGCAACGGCUUUGUUACGUUCCAGUUGCGAGGUCUGGAGUUUCGAGGCACUUACUGUCAUCAAAGAGAAGUGGAAGCAAUUUCAGACGAUCAAUCCCAAGGGACUGGUUGUUGUUGUUGUGCUCCUGGGUCGUUACCAGGGUUGCUUUCCCUCAAUACGGCAUGGAGCCUACGUUGGCUAGCUUGGGAGGUUGUGACUGGCAAAUACAUAAUUGAUGGCUAUUCAAUUACUGAUAAUUCUGCUGUGAAUUUGCUCCAAGUUCAUGAACUGAGACGUCUUCUCGUUACUCUAUAUGUCAAGUGCAUUGUCUACUACACCCUUGCAUCCAGCAAGUUACAAAAUUGGCUAGCUAACGAUACUGUGGUAAGAAUUAGGGGAAUUUCUCGGACUAGUUUCACUGAGUGGUACUCUUCAUGGGUUUCACACUGCAUCAAUAAACGGCUGGAGAGGAAUUCUGAGGAAAUGAUAAAUUCUGACUAUGUAACGUGCCUUUGUUAUGUGCUAUCACUGCUUGGGCGACGUGCAUUGGGCGCCGCCUCCUACAACCGACAUUCGAAUGCUGCUGAGUCUUUCCUGUGUGGUUUGCACGCCUUAUUCAAAGGAGAUUUCAGAUGUGUCAUUGCGCCUGCUGUAAAGAUGGCACUCAAACUUCACCAAGAUCAUUUCGCAGCGCCAGACGAUUUUGAAGAUCCGGAAUCUUUGUUUAAUUUGAUCGCUGAAUACCAGACCAAGCUGUUCAUAUCACACGAGCACGAUCCGGCAUGGCGUCGUGCUAUCAUUGCGAAUACUCCUUCACUAUUGGCAUUACGUCAUAUGUAUGACGAAGGGCAAGAUGAUUACAAAAUCAUAAUGCUGAAUCGAAUGCACCUUAAUAUGAGGGUGAUUAAAUUGAACCGUGAAUGCGUGAGAGCAUUUUGGGCUGGUCAACAGCAGGAAUUGAUUUUUUUAAGAAACCGGAACCCUGAGCGAGGUAGUAUUCAGAAUGCUCGACAAGUGCUCAGGAACAUGAUCAAUAGCUCAGCAGAUCAACCUGUAGGAUAUCCAAUUUACGUUUCACCUUUGACAACAUCCUUUGUGGAAACACAUUCUCAAAUGGCGAACAUUGUUGGUCCUCCACUUACUAUUGAAGGGAUAUUUUCUGGCGCUAGACGAACAUGGUUGGCUUUGCGUGCACAUUUUGGGCCUUCCGGAAGUUCAUCAUUUGGCCUUCGUGGUGGUUGUGGUCCAGUUGUUCCUACUAUAGCGCUUCAGCAGUUGUCAGCCAUUCAGUCUACCCAGAAAUCGGAGAAUUCGAUAGUUCACAUGACUCCUGAUGGAGGUGCACGAGUGGCACUUGCUCGGAGAAUCCCCGGAAGCAGCGAUACCUCUCCAGGAGCAAAUAAAUUUUCGUCGACUGACCCCGUUCUGCAGGUUGUUCCAAAAAAAGCUAGUGUUGAUAAGAAGCCAGAGCAAAGAGAAAACGCGGAAGAAGGGGAAGAAUUGGAGGAGUUCCGUGAUGCCGGUUUGUGGGUGCGCAUCAAUGAUCUGGAACAGAUCAGUGGAAGGAACUCGUGGUGCUGUCAACCGACGGAAGGCCUCAUAGGUCGCGUUAUUUUCUCCUGGCAUCCCAAUCAUCCGAAUAGGAAGUUCCGUAGUCAUAUCGGUGAUGCCAUUUAUUUGGUGGCGAGCCCGGAGAUGUCUCGUACACUAGUACCAGUAAGUGAGAAAGGUUGUACCACUCUAACACCGGAACAGGUCUUAGAGCUUCAGAGCGGAGAAAACAGAAAGGUUUUAAUGUUCAUUUUAUUCGUUGUACUAUUCAAGGAGUAG